AUUUCUUCUUAUGUUUAGUAUCAGGUUUUGCAUAAGGCUAAGAAAUCUAUCCAGAAGCUGGAGCAAGCCUUGGGUUCUUUGCUGAAGAUGAAAGAGUCUUUCAGUCUGGAGGAUGGGAACCCAUCCAGCUUGGAGGAAGUCAAGGAGGAAUAUGUCGAGAGGCACUUCCACAAUCACAGCACUGCAUCAGACUUGGAAUCUGUGAGUGAGAGUGACUCUAGCGUCUGGUAUUUGAUUCAAGAAUGUGAAAAACAAACAAUGGAGGAGGAUAGGAAGCCAGAAUUUAUCCAGUCUCCAGACACUUCAUCCCCAGAUCUGGUGGAAUUUGAACGAUACCUGUAUUUUUAUAAGCACACAGUGGACCUUCUGAUAGAGCAUGGAAUUGUGUGCUCUGAGGAGCUGCCUUUUCCUGAGGUCUCCAUGGCUAUUUCCCACCUCUGGCAAGAGCUUUCUGAAGAAAGGAGAGACAGCAUCUUGCAGUACUGUAGCCAGAGAGACUCCCUCGUGGAUCCUAAGCCUGCUUGCCAAGAGCCUGCAUGCACUGAAGGUAGUGUGAGGGACAGCCGAGGUAGCAGUGAGGAAGCCAGUGGUUCCUCAGUCUCCACACCAGAGGAAGUAAUGUUUGAAGAUGCAUUUGAUGUUGCUGCUGGUUUGCUUGACGGAAGCGAGACUCAGGGAAUGUCUAGCCAGAGUUCAGCAUUUUUGAGCUGUACUUCUGAAAAUCCAAUGGAUCACCACAGACUGUAUCUGCAGAUCACUGACUUCCUAAAAAGCCUCUUCUUUGCUGACACACAGUUUUGCCAGGAAGAAGAUCUUCAGUUCGAUUAUGUGACUGUGAUGCUGAGAUGCACUGAGACCUUCGAUGAUGAAGAUUUCUAA